AUGACGUGGCCGGCUGCUUUUGUGGACAAGCUCACAUGGCGUCUACGAGCUUUUGGAGCGCCAAAAGUAUUGGUGUUCGCAGUACUCCUUGUGAUUUGGAUGGACAUCCCAUCGAAGAGUUGGCAGGACCAUUCGAGUUUCUCAUUUGUGGAGACCUUUGCAGGUCGCGCAGAGAUGACUCGCAUGUUUCGCUGUUCCCAGAUGCGAUCUGCCAAGAUGGAUCUUCUUUAUAUGGACAAGGGGGAUGGUGGUCAGAAUCCAAUGGAUUUGUGUACGCCUGCUGGUUUUGCGACCGCUCUGUCUGUGAUGCUCCGCGGUGAUGAGGAGUUGGGAUGGCUUGCGCACUUUGGUUUAAAGCACUAUCCCAGCAAGUUUGGACAGAAAUUGGUGGAGAUGUUUGACGGUCUGAUUUCUACAAAGACCGGCAUGCCAAUCAGCCCUGCGGUCUUUCCACCAGCCUGCUCAACCUUUAGCCAGAUGAGCUUUGAUGAUAUGUGGGAUGAGGCCCAUAUGAGCCAGGUGUGUCACUAUGUCCGUGCCGGGAAAGAUUUGAAGAUUCCCGAAGAGUUUAGAGAUUACAUUCCCCGAAAACUCUAA